AUGGCUCAGGAGCGUGGGUUGCGGUCGUCCCUUCAGACGACUCUCGUGAUUCCCAUUGGACGUGCGAUCCACAUAGAUGCCCACAGUGACAUGGACUUUCCUUUUUACUUACAAGAAUUUCCCAUGGGUCGACUUCCGAAGAAUGACUUGGAAAUUUCAGCGCUGAUGCAAGGGAAUGAUCAGUUUAUUCAGGGUGCAAUUGUUGCUCAGAUGCUCCAGUCUGUCUUCCUCAUCUAUCCACCGUGGAUGGAAACGACGACUAUGCUGAUGAACUGUCAUUUGGGUUUACAUCGCCAGUCGGACGAAGUGGACUUUUGUCUCUGUAAAGAAAACUCAUCGGUGUGCGAAGUACGUAGCAUGGAUGGUUCGGACACGAAUCCUGAAAUACAGAGAGAAGAGUGCUCGUCUCUCUGGCCUUUCACUUUAAUCGAGUCAAACGUUACGACUGCUCCCUCAAUUCUGCGGUCACUAAGACCAAACAUCAGCCGGUUAUUCCGAAGCAAUCUUUCCCUUGCUCAGUCUUCUGAAUUUCUCGAGCACUACCAAAAUCACCCUCUGAUCCUGGACAUUGAUGAAGAUUAUUUCGGUGUUCACUUGGUUGCACAAAACUUGACUGAAGUUGGUAUACCAUUGUUGGUUGUGCAUCAACUAGAUAAAUUAAUCCAAUCGAUUUUCUGUCCGGAGGACUUCAGUCUUGAGAUGGACACUGAUCGAUGGUUUCACCGUUUGGUUCAUCUCAUUCAGAAUAAUUGUUCGCGUUCCGGUGAUCCAGGCUCAGCAUACACACAAAGGGAAGAUUGUGUCACAAAACUUCAUGAAUUUACAUCCCGUUACUUUUCUAGGGAUAACCACAAAAGAUUUUGCCCUGAAUCUACCGACUCGAAGCUGACAGAGUUGUUUGAAAUAUUGAGCCAUCCAGAAAUGACAAAUAAAAAACUCUCUUGUCUUUCAAGAAUUGGUCUGUGUCUGACAAAUUCAUGGCUAACCCAUGACUACGAACCACAUAUCAAAUUGUGUAUUGGACACAACACACCUGAAUUCAGUAUGGUUCUCGAACACUGGACAACUUCAGACGAUCUGACGCGUAUUGUCUCCAGCCUCACCGAUAUUCUGCAUUCGUUACACGCUAAACCUGUUCUUAUCACGCUUGUUCGGUCAUCUCGUGAUGGCUAUACACCUAGAUGGUUACAGAUAAAGAUUGAGGAGCUUAUUCUCGAAAUCCUCGAGAAAAUCCUCUUUAUUUCAAGAAAGGACGUGGUAUAUUCUCCAUAUCUGGCUGGUAGUGCGGGUGGAUGGAAUGAACGAUACAGAUAUGAUGAAAGUCUAGUAGAGCCAAAAAGUUGA